AUGGAUAUCCUGUCGUCCAUCACAGAGGACAAGUGCAAGAAACUGUCCGAGCCUUCCACCGGACAGUUUGCCAUAUCAUGUGCACUUCUAGGAUGGCUCUUGGUCUCUUACAUUCCCCAAUUCGCGCGCAUCAUUAGCCGUAAAUCGGCAGAAGGACUCUCGACUAUGUACAUCCUUCUCGGCUCUCUGUCUGGAACUUGCGCCGUGGCGAAUAUCAUGGUGUUGCCUUCGAGUCAGACAGACAUUGCUUGCUGUAGACAUUACACACGCUUUGGCUGUAUCUCGCGUCUGGUGGGUAUCUUCCAGGUGCUUAGUGGUGUUGGUCUGUUUUGGUGCAUCAUGUUCCUCUACGUCUACUUUUCAGAAGAAGAAGCAGAUGCCGAACUCCAUGGUCGCCGCCGCUCUUUGUCAUCUCCUGAUCGCACUUUCCGCCGUGCUCGCCGCGCUAUCCGUCUUCUGAUUAUUGUGGUUGCGUUUUCAUUUGCCAUUAUGCUUAUCAGUGCUGUUAUCCUUAACCGCUUCCCUUGGUAUUCGCAGGAGUGGGCCAAUGUGCUGGGUAUCUGGGUUGUGUGCUUUGCUUGCGUGCAGUGGGUGCCGCAAUAUACUCGGGUUGAGAAGCUGGAUGCUGACAUUUGUUCUUGCAAAACANNGUACACCUGGAUCUUCGGCAUCACCAUGAUCAUCCGCUUAGGUCUUUCUGGCUGGUCUGUCUGGAUCGUCUAUGUGCUGGUCGGUACCAUGCAACUUGCCCUCAUCAUCACCGCCAUCACCCACAUGAUCCGCGACAACCGCAAAGCACGCCGUGCUGAUGCCACCUCCGCCACUUCUUCCUCGGCCAGAAGAGAUGUCUCAGAGUCUCCGAGCACCAGGGCUUUGCGACCGCAACUCGCUUCGUGGAAUAGCUUUGCUGCAUCUGCGGCUGAAGGUACAGAGAAUGAUGAGAGGACGCCGCUGUUGGCGAAGAGGAAUGCUCAUGUGGAGGAGACUGCUAGUCCGAGACGUGUUGGCUAG